CAAUCAGUCAAUCGUAAAUGCCACUCCUGUCAGAUUUGUCGAUAUGAUUUUUUGUAAAAGUGUUUUAUUUUAGUUAGAUUUCUGUGUUUCUGUCCAAGAUGUUGUACACUCAUUACAGCAUUUCGUAAUUAUAUUUUUCGCUUUCGUAAUAAAGUAAUGUGAAAUCAUGUUUGGGUACAGUAAAGAGGCAGUAAGAGUGAAAGUCAAGAAAUGUGAGGGGAAGCUGCAGCCUGAGCUCAGGAAGUUCUCAGUCGACCCUCAGAUAACUUCUCUGGAAGUGUUACAAAGCAUUUUGGUGAAAGCAUUUGAUAUCAAGUCAGAUUUCACACUCUGUUACCGAACAGCUGAUGAUUAUGGACAGGAGGUCUACUUACCCCUCCUGUCUGACUGGGACCUGGAUGCUGCUUUUCUCAAGGCACAUAAUAUAGCCCUCACUCAAAGAUCAGAGCCAUGUGUGCAGCUAAAAGUGGACAUGAGACCGUUUGCGGAAGCCUCCGAGGACUGGGAGCCACCAAGUGUGAGCCCCUCAGCUCCCAUGGUCAACCAGAAUUAUAAGGAACAGCCUACUGUUGCUCCGGCACAGCAUCAGACUGAGAAACAAGAAAUACAGACUGGCUUCCAAGGAAUGAUCAUGAACCAGGUUGAAAAAACAUUCAACAUGGUGACAAGAGCUUUGAAUCUGUACGAUGACCCCAACAACGCACCCCGGCCUCCACUGAGUGACAUUGAGUUUAGAGCGUUCCUUGAUGCUGUCGGACAGAUCACUAACACCUCCAAGCUGAGGGAAGUCAUAUAUUGUGGAGGCAUUGACCCCAGUCUCAGAAAAGUUGUUUGGAAGCAUAUUCUCAAUGUAUAUCCUGACGGCAUGACUGGCAAAGAGAGGAUGGACUAUAUCAAACGAAAAGCGAACGAAUAUUACGCUCUCAGAACGAGGUGGAAAGACUGCAUACAAAAAGGAAUGGUAAAUGCUGACUUAGCUUACGUAACUGGAAUGGUUCGUAAAGAUGUACUAAGAACUGACAGACAUCACAACUUCUACGCCGGCAGUGAUGACAACCAAAACAUAGCUUCCCUCUUCAACAUACUGACUACGUACGCCCUGAACCAUCCUACAGUAAGUUAUUGUCAAGGUAUGUCUGACCUAGCAUCGCCGUUGCUUGUGACGAUGGGUGACGAGGCGCAUGCCUACAUAUGUCUGUGUGCGCUCAUGACUCGCUUGUACCCCAACUUCUUAUUAGACGGAGAAGCCAUGACCGUCAAAUUCACUCACCUAACCGAAUCCCUGCAAGUUUACGAUCCAGAUUUCUACAACUACUUAAAAUCACAACAGGCUGACGACUUACUAUUCUGCUAUAGAUGGCUACUCUUAGAAAUGAAACGAGAAUUCGCCUUUGACGAUGCUUUGCGAAUGCUUGAGGUCUUGUGGGCAUCCUUGCCCCAAAAAACUCCGACAGCAGAAUUAUGUCUUAAAGAAAAAGAAUUUGAUCCCGCGAUGGAAAUAGACGAUGACCCGCCUCCUUUAAGUCCCUUGAUAAAAGCACCCAGAGAGAAUGCGUACACUAAGGUUUGCGCUAUCAGACGACAGAGCUCAAGCUUCAGUCUCGCUAACGUGAAAGCGCCUAAGCUUGCCACCUGCAAGCAAAUGAAUCACAGCUUAGACGAAAACGUAACACGCAAAGUAGUCCCCAAUGCUUCUCUUCGGCAUGCAAAGGAAUUUCAAAGUUUAGACGAUGCCACAUUACAAAUGCAGAAAUCGAAACUAGAUAGGUAUGACACAGAAAAGAAUAAAGAAAACAAUCUGUCUCCAAAAGAUGGAAAAGUGCACAAUAGACGAAGUAUGAAGAGUGUUCCAGAACACGAGAAAUGUCCGGCGACACAAGACGCACACAACACCGCGUGGUCAAGUACUGGCAACCUUAUGAACGGGACUGGACACGGCGACGUCAAGGAGACGCCUCUAGGGAACCAAAUACGAUUAUUACGAGAUAAGAUAUCCGUACAUAACAACAAGUUCUUUUCUUCUCUUGACAAACUGGACUCUGAAUCUGUUAGCAUAGACUCCACCAGUAAACCAAAAGUAAAAAUGAUCAAAAAUUUGAACGAAUUUCUUAAUUUUGCGACAGGAAGUAAAGUAGGCGCAGUCACACAAGAGAAGUUGCAAAGGACACAUUCGGUAAUAGAGAGAAGUUCCAAGGAAUGUCCCAGAAUAACUCUCACUAAAACAUCUGUUGACGACGUCAGUGUUCAUAACUCAAAAACAGACAAAACUAGUAAAUUGAGUAAAAAUAUAUAUUCUGAUGCAACUGAAGGCAGCAGUCCUGAUGACUCGCAAGAGUACUAUCCCAUGACAACUUCUAUGACUAGAGAAUUAAGACUUGAAUUAGAACAUUUGGAUCGGCAAGUUUUUGGCCCUUCGUACAUAAAUAGAUGUAGCAUGAUGUACGACUCUCCCUCGGACUCAACUAGCACUGACGACAAACCUACACACGAUUGUACUGAGAUUAAACAAGACGUUAAAGUCGCUACAAUAGAAGCACGACCACAAUUAUUAGAAACCGUAAAAAAGUCUCCUUUGCUGGAAACUGUUAGGUCGAAUGCCAGAAGUGCUGAAGAUAUUUAUUUAUGGGAAAAUCCUCUACACAGGAAUACCCCAACGACACGAACGACAGCGAGCUGCCCGCAGACUCCUGACGAACAAGCCGACCUCGAUUUCGAUGGAGACACAGGAGAAAUAAUUGAGGAGCAUUCCGGUAAAAAGUCCAUCACACCCAUAAGAUUGUUGAGGAAAAACCAGUCAUUAGAGCCCCAAGACUUGUAUCGAGACACAAAAACGUCGAACACACACUCCAGUGGAUCAGAAUCUUCUGAUAAGGAUGUUGGUGAAUCAACAAAUCUAGAAUCUAUAAAAAAUAACCAACCACACAGUACCAAUGCGUCAAGAUCACAAAAGUUCUUCUCAAGUAUGUCGCAAGAACUAGAAAACGCUAAAAAGAACUGCGAAUCCCUUCUCAAUGCCAAACAAACUAAUCUGCACAGUGUUGCAUCUACCAUCAAUAACUUCCAGAAAAAGUAUGAGGUGUUCAAGCCUCCAAUUCAGAAGACUGCUAGCGUUUCUUCUGUAACCAGCGAAGGUUCAGUGAAAACUAGUAUAAGCAGCCUUCCACCGCCUGCCGUGUUUGGAGGUGGGAACCCAUUUUUGAUGUUCCUUUGUUUAACUGUGUUACUACAACACAGGGACUACAUAAUGCGAAACCGCAUGGACUAUAACGAGCUGGCGAUGCAUUUUGACAAAAUGGUUCGUAAACACAACGUAAACAGGGUACUGAACCAGGCGCGACAAAUGUACGCUAUCUACUUGAAACAACAAGCACAUAAGACUGGCGAUAUAACUACUUAAUUUAAGAAUGGGACGAUCUCUUGUAAUAAUUGUAUUGCUCAUAAGGUAUAAUUUUGGUCAUUAUAGUAUAUGUAUGUAUUAAAACACCAGUAGGAUAAGUCUUACUUUGUUAGUAACAACCUAUAUAAUCCCAAUGUUCUGUAAAAUAUUUUCGAAGAAAUCUUCAUUCACUUGACCAGCUUUAUUAUAAAAACCAGUAGAAAAAUUAAUAUAGUUGGACCACUAUAAAAUAACAUCACUAUGAUAAAAGUCAAAAUUUCAAAUAUUUUAAAUUCAAUAAGCCCAAUUAAAUUAUGAGUAAGUCUUAACUCUAAAUUGUCCUUUUGAAUAUCUAUUUCAUAUAUUCCCUGCCAAAAUAAUUAUGAAUUUUGUGCAUUUAAAAUGAUUUCAACCUGCAUAAUACGAGUAAUAUAACAAGGGCAGCAAUAUUAUUAUCGAAUCUGUAGUUUUUAGUCUCACAUAAUUUAAUGAUAAUUCCAAAGAGCCUUUAUUUGAUAAAUAAUUGUGAUAUUUUAUUUUUAUUAUUAUGUACUUUACGACAAUAAACAAAAGCUUUUGCGUUAUACUAUAACUCUAUGUUUAAUUGCAUUCCACGAUAUUUAUAAUGUUAUAGUUAAAUAAUUUAUGAUCCUAAAAGUAUUAUUUUUAUUGUAUACUUCUAAUCGAAUUGGAUAUUAUGACACAAUUCUAGUCCUUCUUCAGAAGCAAAUGCUCUUCCGAAAACUUGCUUGCUGGCCUAUGCAUUUAUAUCUGUACUUAUAAAAUAUAUUUCAUUAAACUCAAAUGCAUAUUCCAUAUUAAUUGAAUACUGACUGUAAAAUGCUGCAAUUUAAAAAUGUAAAUAAACAAGCAGUUUAAAACG